GAUGGCCAGCUGGACAGUACAUGGCGCCGGCUGGAAGGCCGGCUAGACAGUACAUGGUGCCGGCUGGAUGGCCGGCUGGACAGUACAUGGCGCUGGCUGGAUGGCCAGCUGGACAGUACAUGGCGCUGGCUGGAUGGCCGGCUGGACAGUACAUGGCGCUGGCUGGAAGGCCGGCUGGACAACACAUGGCGCCGGCUGGAUGGCCGGCUGGACAGUACAUGGCACCGGCUGGAAGGCCGGCUGGACAAUACAUGGCGCCGGCUGGAUGGCCGGCUGGACAGUACAUGGUGCCGGCUGGAAGGCCGACGUUGGCAGGUUCAUUCUGUCAUGAAUGGUGAGGGAACAAAGACACAGUACAGAGGACCCAGACGCAGACAGCGGAUAAGGGGUUAACAAGACAUUUAAUAAAAUAUAAAUACAAAACAAAGACCCACGUGGGGGUAACAAAACAAAACAGGGGAAUCUACAAUAGGACAGGACUAAGACUAAAUACACCUAACAAGACUAAGAUUAACAUAACAUGAACUACAAAUGACUACACUAGACUAGACUAACACAGAACAGGCACUCACCAGACAAACGACAAUGAACCAGCACAGGACAAUGAAACAAGAGGACUAUAUAAAGGGGACUAAAUCAAGAAGGGGACAGGUGCAGAACAUGAACUAAUUAACAAGCAAUAACGAGACGAAAGGGCAGGAACAGAGACACCACACCAGAGAGAGGGAGUAUAUGGAAUGCCAAAACUGUCUCUCUCCACAUAAAACAAGAGGUUCUAUCAUGGUUCUGCCACUAGGUCAAGAAAAGCAAGACAAGGUGGGGUAGAACCAUGACACGGACAUUAGUUAAGUUUUGUUUAUGUGUUUAUGUUUGUGUGGUUGGCAGUCGUCCGUGAGGGGCUGCCGGCCUUUUUACUGCUGGAUUUAUUGUUUAUUUAUUUUGAUUAAAAUGUUUGAAUGUUCGCCGGUUCCCACCUCCUUCCUUCCGUUUUAUUGAGCUUUAUUACAGAGGUGCCGAAACCCGGGAGGAAGGAGGGACAUGGUCGAAGAGCCCUCGCCCCGAGGGGUCUCGCGGUGCUGUGGAGUCAGGCAGCGCGGACAAGGUAUGUCCGCCAACGGCUGCCCGGGGCGGUGGUGCUGGAGCAAGUACGCUUCGGCUGGGACAAAGAGCUCGCUGCCGUGUGCCGUGUGCCUGGGUCGAAGUGGGGUGGCUGCCAUCCGAAAGGGAGUGGAGAGGUCAGCCCCACUUGCCGUAGGCCGGAGCCUGCUGCCGUCCGCCAGAAAGGGGAGGAGCAGGAAGCGGGGGACCUGCUACUGGCUGCCGCAGUUGGAGGAGCCACCGCCGGCCGCCAGGACACUAGGGCCUCGCUGCCGCGCCCCUUUGUCGAGGUGGGAUGGUCCGGGAGGGAGCGGAGGAGUCAGCCCCGCUUGCCGUGGGCCGGAGCCUGCUGCCGUCCGCCGGAAAAGGGAGGAGCAUCCGGCAGCCCUCAGCCGGAAGAGCCAUCGCCGGCCGCCAGGGGGCGGAGGAGGCGCAAGCCGUCCACUGAGCGUCCAGUACCACCGCAUGGCACCGCGAGGAACAGCCUCUCGGCUGGCUGAGGACCGAGCGACAGCGUGUCGGGGAACCGGACCAAAUUUUUUUUUUCUGUUUCCUUUCUCCCCUCUCUCGCCCCUGUCAUUCCUGGUGCUUCCGUCUCCGUUCUCUCGUCUCAUCUGUCCAUACCCGCAGGUGCUGGGGCCGUUGAGACUGGCCCCUCGGGGGGGAGUAAGCACAGUCUUGUGGGUACUCCCCGGCCUGUGAGGGGCGAUGAGGGUAUGUGACAAGGGAGGCGUGACGAGAGUUGUGGGAGGAGGAAGCGAGGCUGGGACGCGAUUGAUAAUGAGUGUCAGCUGGGCGCCACCGGCCUCAUAUCUCUCACGGAGGAGAUCGGAAGCAUAAAAGGACGAAUGGCAGGAGAAUACGGCGAGAGAGGACCGGGCCCGGACAUUAGUUAAGUUUUGUUUAUGUGUUUAUGUUUGUGUGGUCGGCAGUCGUCCGUGACGGCCUGCCGGCCUUUUUACUGCUGGAUUUAUUGCUUAUUUAUUUUUGAUUUGAUUUGAUAUUUUUUAUGUUUGAAUGUUCGCCGGUUCCCACCUCCUUCCUUCCGUUUUAUUGAGCUUUAUUACACUAACAAAGAGUGUAUUAGAGCUUUUUAACUUUAGGACAUAACCUGCACUUCUCUAAGAGGUGUGACUUUCUCAGGGAAUCUUGUUUACAGAUAGAUUGAGAUCCCAUUUGAUCUUCUCUUCAGUCACGAGAAAACAAACAAACCAAGGCAAAAGACUCAGGAUAGCAUCUGUAACCAGAA